UUUUUUCUCUGAAGAUGGAGAAUUGUCUGUACUUAAAAAUCAAGCCUUUAUUUUUGAAUGAUUAGAAUGGGAAGUUUGUUUUGUUUUGACGGGAGAGUGAUAGUCCACUUCAGGCUUGAGAGUUGUUAUUUGUUCUUGAGUCUUGACCACCUUUUUUUUUAAUAUAUAUUUAGCCCUUUAAAAUUAUUAUUCUAACAUUUUUUUUUAAUUUUUAGUUUCUCUCUCUUCCGUCAACUGAAGAAACCAAAGGAUUUAGAGAGAGAGAGAGACAAACGAGGCAGAGUAGGUAAAGAGAAACAGGAGAAAAGAAGAGAAGAGAACAGAAGCAAAAGAUGGCGAAUUGAUUGGUCAGCAAUAAGUUUUGUUGAGGAAGAAAAGAAACUUUGAGAUAUAUAAAUGACAGAAGGAAAAGAAAAAGAAGGCUUGUGAUUCAGGUAAGAGUUUUUGGUUCUGUUUUCAAGAGAAAGGACUUAGAGUCUUUAAUUGUUUGUGGAAAAAAAUGUUCUUUUGGGAUGUUUUGUAUUUUGUUAGAUUUCAUUUUCAUUCAGAGUCAAAUAUACUUGAAAGAUUGCGCUCAAUUAUGAGAGAAAGGAUGUGAGGAAGUUUAUGUUAUGAGCCAUGGUGGAUCAGCGAAGUGCAGUGGCUGUUAUUUUUAUAUUGUUGUUAUUAUUUGAGUCUACAUUUGAGCAACUUGAGACCUUGAGUUCACCGAAUGAGCGAGCAGCUCUACUGGAACUCAGAUCCUCACUAGGGCUAAGAAGUGCAGAUUGGCCGAUAAAAUCUGACCCUUGCUUAGUGUGGAAUGGUAUAAGAUGUGUAAAUGGUAGUGUUGUUGGAAUUAACAUUUCUGGGUUUAGAAGAACAAGACUUGGGAAGCUAAACCCACAAUUUGCAGUUGAUUCUCUUGUGAACUUAACACAUUUGGCCUCUUUCAAUGCCUCAAGAUUCCUUCUUCCUGGCUCGAUCCCUGAUUGGUUAGGGCGGCAAAUGUUGACUUUUCAAGUGUUGGAUCUUCGUGCAUGUUCUAUAAGUGGUGUUAUUCCGUCAAGUCUGGGAAAUUUAACUAACUUAACUAGUCUUUAUUUGUCUGAUAAUGGCAUUUCUGGGACAAUUCCUUCAAGUUUGGGUUUAUUGCCACUCCUUUCAGUUCUUGAUCUUUCAAAGAAUAAAUUUGCUGGAUCCAUUCCUUCAUCAUUUGUGUCACUGAAGAAUCUUUCAAGACUUGACAUUUCUUCAAAUAACUUAAGUGGGUCAAUUCCUCCAGGCAUUGGGACACUUUUGAAGCUUCAAUAUUUGAAUGCCUCAAACAAUAGUUUCGCUUCUACAAUUCCAUCCCAGCUUGGUGAUCUUGAUAGCUUGGUUGAGCUUGAUCUUAGCAGUAAUUCUUUGUCUGGUUCAGUGCCUUCAGAUUUAGGAGGGUUGAGGAAAUUGCAGAAGAUUUUGAUUGGAAACAAUUUCCUAAAUGGGAAUUUGCCAGUUAAUUUAUUUUCAGCACUUAGUCAGUUGCAGAUUAUUGUUUUGAGACACAAUAAUUUUAGUGGUCCUCUUCCUCAUGUCUUGUGGACAAUGCCCCAAUUGACUUUGCUUGACAUCUCUGUCAAUGAUUUUACUGGUUUGCUACCUGAUUCUAGCUCAAAUGCAAAUAUCACUGCUGCAGAACUCAAUAUUUCUAUGAACUUGUUUUAUGGAAAUCUGACACCAUCUCUAAGAAGGUUCAGUUUCAUUGAUCUCUCAGGGAAUUACUUUGAAGGCAAGGUUCCUGAGUUUGUGCCUGGUAAUACUUCUCUUGAUAGAAAUUGUCUCCAAGAUUUGGAAGACCAGAGGACUUUGGAGGAUUGUUCAUUAUUUUAUGCUGUAAGGGGCCUGAGUUUUGAUAACUUUGGCCGCCCUAAUUCCACUCAACCUCCUGCACCUGCAACCUCUCAGAAGAGCAACAAAAGGACAAUUAUAUUGGCAGCUGUUUUGGGAGGAGUUGGGAUAAUUUUGCUUUUGUUGUUGCUGGUUCUGCUGAUCCUUUGUACCUAUAAGAGGGGCACUACAAAUCAAACAGGGGUUGAUGUGGGGCCAGUUCCUGCAGGGUCCAUGCCACCUCCUUCUGGAGUAUCAAUCAACUUUUCUAACCUUGGAGACUCAUUUACUUAUCAGCAGUUACUCAUAGCCACAGGUGACUUUAGUGAUGCAAAUCUCAUAAAAAAUGGCCACUCAGGAGAUCUCUUCCGUGGUAUCUUGGAAGGUGGUAUUCCUGUGGUCAUCAAAAGAAUCGAUUUGCAGUCUAUUAAAAAGGAAUCAUACUUAUUGGAAUUGGAUUUAUUUAGUAAGAUUGCACAUUCAAGACUGGUUCCCUUCUUAGGACAUUGCUUAGAAAAUGAAAAUGUGAAGUUCCUUGUUUAUAAAUAUAUGCCAAAUGGGGAUUUGUCAAGUUCCUUGUAUAGAAAAACCAAUACAGAAGAUGAUGUACAGUCAUUGGAUUGGAUUACAAGAUUGAAAAUUGCUUUAGGAGCAGCAGAGGGUUUAUCUUAUCUUCAUCACGAAUGCACUCCGCCACUUGUGCACAGAGAUGUUCAAGCAAGCAGUAUACUUCUGGAUGACAAAUUUGAAGUACGACUUGGUAGCCUGAGCGAGGUCUGUGCUCAAGAAGGUGAUGCUCAUCAAAGUAGGAUUACCAGGUUGCUGCGGUUACCACAGUCAUCUGAACAAGCUACUUCAGGUGCACUGACUGCAACAUGUGCCUAUGAUGUCUACUGCUUUGGGAAGGUAUUACUUGAACUGGACGGUAAGCUGGGCAUUAGUGCAUCCUCUGAUGCCGAAAUGAAGGAAUUCAUGGAACAGACGCUACCUUACAUCAGUAUAUAUGACAAGGAACUUGUAACCAAGAUUGUGGAUCCAUCUCUUAUUGUUGACGAGGAUCUUUUAGAGGAAGUGUGGGCCAUGGCCAUUGUUGCCAGGUCUUGCCUUAAUCCCAAGCCUUUAAGGCGGCCCCUCAUGAGAUACAUCCUCAAGGCUUUGGAAAACCCUUUAAAGGUAGUAAGGGAGGAGAAUUCUGGCUCUGCAAGGCUAAGAGCUACCUCUUCUAGAGGGUCUUGGAAUGCUGCACUUUUUGGUAGUUGGCGUCAAAGCUCGUCAGAUGUGGCAACCAUUCCAACAGCAUCAACUGUUAAAGUAGAAGGAACUACUAGUUUUAAACAGUCGGGAGCCACAGGUUCUCAUUCUCAGGGUAGUGGACCAAAUGGCGGAGGUGAUAAUUCAUCCUCCCGUAGACGGUAUUCUAAAGACAUAUUCCCAGAACCAUCUGAUGUGCAAGAUGUAGAAAGACAAGGCCAGGACCAGUAAAAAAAAAAAAAAGGUUGAUUGUUCUUGAUUCUUUGCUAAUAAUAUAGCAGGCUUCCCAUUUGAGUGUCUGCUAGGUGGAAUUGGUACUCUUUCAAGCUCUUCUUGGUCCUGGUGGUAAUUCUGAUUGAAAGACGUCUUUGUAUUUACCCAGGGUUUUGUUUCAGAAGGGAGACUUUAAAACUAAACUUUUUAUGAAGGUUUUGUCUCAGUGGAGAGCAAGAGAGAAGGGUGCCAUGACAGUAAUUAUGUUCAUUUUUGUUUGACAGCUUGUUUUAUGGUGAAAACAAGCUACAAUUUUUAUCUGUAAUUGAUGGUCAGUUUGUGGGUUCUCUUGUACAAUGUAAAUUGUAAUUGUUCAACAUUUCUUCAUUCAAAUGAGAUUCUAAUUUCAAUUCAAAAGAUAGAAAUGUGAAAUAAAAUGGACAUGAAAGAUUGCAUAGAA